AUGUGCCAGUCUAUGACCAACUUGACUGAAUCUGCCUGUAUAGACGUUGACAGACCAGGAGAUAUGUUCGCUUCUGUUUUGGCAUUGUAUCAGACUGGAGAACUACAUUUUCCCAUGAUGUCAUGUCCGGGUGCAUUUCUGAAUGAGUUAGAAUUCUGGGAAAUUUCACCGGAAAUGCUAGAAAGCUGUUGUUUUAAUAGAUUGCAAAGCUUUGUUGACGAGCAGGAAACCUUACAGAAAUUCCGAGAUAGUCACGAAGCAAGUAGAAAACAUUUCUGUUAUUCCAAUCAGUUUAUGAAAAGCUUUCAAGGCAAACUCUGGAAUAUCAUUGAUUAUUCGAAGCCUUCUGCUUUUGGAAGGUUAUAUUUCAUGGUUUCCCUGUCUAUGGUUUUGCUGUCCAUAUGCACUCUGGCAUUCAGCACAGCUCCAUAUUUCCGAAGGCAAAUGACAAACUGCGAGCGCCUGGAGUAUAUGGAGUCUUCCGGUAUGGAAAAGAUUGAAUUAGCUAGAAAAUGGCUGAAAGAAGAUUGCAACAGCGAUAAAUUGCCAGACCAUAAACCGCCCUUGUGGAUAACGCCACCACAUUUCGGAGAUCCGAAUGAAAACAACCGGAAGUUUAAAACAUCUGUAAUUAUAUUUUUACCAUAUGAAAAGGAUAGCGAUAAUUAUAAUGAAAGUGAAAGCGUUGAUGAUGAUGGUAAUGGUAAGAGCAUGUCGCAUGGUGAAAAUUUCAAUGAUCAGCUUAUUGAAACCCAGGAGCAAAGAAACUUUUCUGAUGACACGUUACUUUCUACGUCUCCCGAAAUCUCCAACGAAUCACAGAUUACCGGAGUGAUUGGUGAAUUCGUGGAAUUACCAGAUUUUGACAUAAAAAAGUAUAUGUUUGUUGUGCUCGAAGAAGUAACUGUAGUAUAUUUUACGAUUGACAUGAUACUUCGACUGCUUUUCUGUCCUUCUAGAAAGUGGUAUUUCUUGAAUAUAAUCAAUUUUGCGUACAUGGUGGCUCUCAUUGGAUCAUAUGUACACUUUGUUUUAAUGCAAGUCUAUAAAUAUGAAAAAUAUAGGGACAGUUGGAUGGAUUCUUUUAGAUACUUACAAGUUUUACGUUCUUUGCGAUUGUUCAACAUCGUCUCUAAUGUCCGUGCUGGACAGGUUUUAGCCUAUACGGUACGUGAAAAUUUCAAGGAUCUGUCAAUUUUGAUACUGUUCUUGAUUGUUGGGAUGAGCUCCUUCGCUAGCUGUAUGUUUGUCGUAGAAGAAAGAGAAGAUUUCCAAAGUAUUCCAGCGGGUUGGUACUGGGCCCUUGUUACCAUGACAACCGUAGGUUACGGCGACAUUGCCCCUAAAACGGCAAUGGGAAGAGUAAUAGCCUGUUUAUGUGCUUUUUCUGGAAUAAUCCUUUUAGCGCUUACUGCACCGAUUUUCGCUUACAAUUUCUUAACACUUUAUCAAUUUGCUAAUUCAGAAAAAGCCGUACAAAAAUUUCAGCAAAAAAGGUCAAAAGUUAAAAUAUCACAAAAUGAUGUGCAACUUGAUGGAUAUAGCACAUUCUACUUCGAUGAGGACAAGUAUCGUAGGUAGAUUCAUGAGAUCCCUUAAAAUGGAAACAAAUGUAUAUGAAUAUGUAUUGUGUAAUUAAGUCAAUGUAUUGUUGAGCAUUCCGGCCCUUAACUUAUGAGCUAUUCUAAAGGAACCAGCGAUUAUAUUACGUUUUGGUAGAAAAGACAUAAUAGUGCAGAUUGUAUUUGAUAAUGUACAACUCAAUUUUAGUACGAGUAUAGUGCAUUUUAUUUGACCUGGCGGGGCGUGGUUUCGGGAUGGUCCACUACAUUAUUUUGCAGGGUAUGUAGUACAUGUAACCAAUGUAGCGUUGAAUUUUAGUCGUUGGUUACCGAAGAUUACCGAAUUAAGCAAUCAUAUUGCCCUACCUCUUUUGCUCGUCUUUUUUGAGACUACCAUUGUUUGCAUAUUUCAGAGAUAAACUCCGCCCGCCAGGUCGAAUAAAACAGACUAUAGUAAUACCCGGUCACAGCAGAAUGAUCUUCAUCAUUCAAGUUCGCAAGAAACGAAUGUUGACAGGGAAAACCACUCAUGGAGAUACGUAACUGCUACUUUUAUUUUCGCAUCAUGUCAGUUUCAGGAUAAGAUAAAGCGGAAGUAGGAAUGUGUACCCUGAAAAGGGUCUAGCUAUGUGAGGCAGCUCAGUGAAAAUUGUUUAUUUAUUAAAAAGAUUAUUUAGUAUAAACGUGAAGCAUUUACCAUAAAUUCCGACUUUAAUUACCAUUAUAAAACAACGAACGCUUGUGGCAAAUAGAUAGAUUUUUGCAGUUUGUUUUGAAACUUUUCUUAUGUUCACAAAUAUGAGAAUGCUUCCAUUAUCUUUCAGUCAACGUUCCAUAACAUUGUUAUGAAAAUGAAGUAUGACACAUUUUUCAUUAAAGACCUAUUUUAAUGUAUUUACAUUGUGCUUCUAAGAAAACAUUCUUACCAGUAAGGCAGAACAAUUUCCUGAUUUUGGUGUUUCGAGUUGCCUGACAAUUACUUUCAAUUUGCAAUGCAUUUGUAUAUAGAAAAAUGUCGUAUAUUUUCUUUUCAAGUUUCCAACAUUAUUAAGUUAACAAUAUUUCUAAGGACAAUAGAUAUUCAAAUUUCAUAUUCUUAUUGUGAUAUUGCUGUAUUUAUAGUUGUUAUAUUUAACACUAUAUAUGUAUUUAAUCUUCUCGGCGAUAUAUAUCGUUUUCGCCGUAACAUCCAACUCCCUCGCUUAUAUUAUGUAUGUUACGUGCAGAUAAUAAUUUUACAG